AUGUCAAUUCUCUUUUUGACAGGUCAUCCUGGAAAAGUUAGAAUUAUGGCUACGGCUAUUUCGCCAUUUGCGUCUACGAAAGAGACUACCAACUAUGCAAGGCUAUGCCGCCUCCUGGUGGAUGUUGGAUCUCAGGUGCUUCGGUCCACUUUUGACACAAUACAUCCACCAGCGACUCUACAUACAGUUUUGGGAAGUACCUCAGUGCAUUACGCCACAUUGCAAUCACUGUACAAAGGGAGGAAGAAAGUGCUGAAUCCCACGCAAUGGGGAAAGUUGUACCCUACUCACGCACCCGUGUCUUCUGCAGCCUUCGAUAUCACACUCCUAACGGUGCUUCUUAGAAAUAUCUGUGGUUUGGGCCCUCCUGCCAAUGGAUGGGAUCGUCUUCCCCUCGCUACAGACAUAAGUAUCGCAGAUGACAUCGCUAGAGUUAAGUAUUACAGGAACACUGUAUACGGCCAUGCUUCUCAAGCCUCUGUGGAUGACAGUAGUUUCAGUGCUUACUGGCAGGAAAUACGAGAAGCUUUGAUGAGACUGGGAGGAGCUCAUUUAAGGGCUGAAAUCGACAAUCUUGAGCACGACUGCAUGGAUCCAGAUAUCGAGGAGCAUUAUCGUCAACUGAUGAAACAAUGGAAGAAGGACGACGACAGCAUCAAAGACAAGCUUGAGGAAAUUGAAAGUAAGAAAAACAUUAUCCACUGCCAAUGUGUAUGAAUCAGAAGGCUACAAAAGUAUGUAUUUCCAGUUAACACAGCAGUGCAGGCUAGCUCGUGAAGUUUUCAUUUUGGUUGGAACUAGUCUUAUAUUUGGAAGGUAUUUUUACGUCAUGUGUGAAAAAUGAAGAGUUAACCCUAAUGUUGACUUCCUAAUUCGUUAGAUUUUACCCGCAUAUUCUUGAACAGACUAAUGCAAUCCUUCCUCCACUCAAAUUUUUUGUAGAGUAUUCCAUUUUACAUGAACAAAAUUCCUGAAUGAGGGCUGUGUUAAUAAAAAGGGGCAGGAGAAGGCGUAUGUGGCUAUUUUAAUUGUCCCGAGCGAAAUACUGUGAACGAAACUUCACAAUGCAUUGCAGGCAGAUCUCUGGUUUGUGUCAGCGUUUUCCUUUUUCUAUGAUUAAACGACCUGAAAACGAGGGCGGAAAAGCGUUCUUUGGUUUUUUUUAAUUAGUUCUUACAAUGUUGCUUUUUACCGACAAAAAUCUUACUCAGACUAUCGACUCUAAUGAUAUCAAUAUUUAUCUCCCGAGUUUCGCUAUCAGAAACCGCUGAAGCCGAGCCAUAAGUUUUUUUCGAAUGUUGUAUAAAAUUUUAAAAAAUAACAAAAAAACAGAGGAAGGGAAAAGGAUCUAUUUAGUUAACUUUUAAUAAAUAAAGUGACUCUCACUCGGACUAAAAGUUCCAAUGUUAUUCCACGAAAGGGUCUUUUGAGAAAAUGAUAGGCGAAAUGGUAAAGAUGGACAGCGAACUGAAAGAAGUGAAGGAAAAGCUGUGUACUUUGACAGCCUCAGUGGGAGAAAGCAAGGAUGAAGGUCAGUUGAAUUAUACAGUAAAAGUUAUCCUGCUUAACCGCAAAUUUCGCCGUAGUCAACAUGGCCUGUAUGUGAGAGAGGGAGAGAUCAUCCUAUGCUAAAGAGAUUCAGUUUUUCAAUUUAGUCAAUCUCUGGAAUAAUCUCUACGGUGUACUUUCAUUCCCUCCAAUUGUUCAAACUUUCACCCGUAAUUAGCCUAGAAAACUUUGUAUUUUUAUUAGAGUGGAGAACGAAGUAAAACGAAGUACAGUUUUAACGAAAACAUUGGCAUUGAGUUCGGCUCGAUGUUAGAAAUUAACAGAGUACGUUCCACUGCAUUUACAAGCCAAAUAGCUUUUGGUCAGGUAAUUGACAUGAAUCAUACAUUGAUACCUUUUUCAUCGUCCAAGUAAUUUCUUUGGCAGUGGUGUCGUACUCGUUCACUAAAUUCAGUGCCGAAUACCUAGUAGCAUUAGAUGUAAUCCGCAUAUUUCUGAAUAAAAUAACUAAACCCUUCCUGCGCUCAUAUUGUGGAGUAUUCAAUUCUACAUGGGAAAAUAGUUGAAUGAGGAUCGUCUUGAGUAAAAAAAAUUCCUAAGGAAAAGACUGUAGGAAAAACCUCCCACUUCAUCGCAGGCGAGCCCCCCGGUUUGCAUCGUCCAAGUAAUUUCUUUGGCAACGGUAUCGUACUCAUUCACUUAUUUAAAUCCGGUGCCGAAUACCAGAGAGGCACCACAAUUUUCAAUGCUGCAUUCAUCAGAUUUCUUACUUAUUUUGCUACUGCUAGGUAUAUUUGAUCCAAGUGAGCUUAUCAAUGGAAUUCGCCAGCUGUACAAGACUCGCGACGGAUGGCUCUCACCAUUUCCAUGGUGUGAAGAGUUUCAGUUAAUUCUUGGAAAUAUUUUUACAAGGCUCAAAGUGGUCAGAAGAAAGAAAACGAGAGGAGAAAUCACUGACGUAUUUGUUGAGAUGUCAUCAAUACUAGACCCAUAUGAAGAUUGUUCAGCGCCGAGAACAGUGUUGAUUGAAGGAGAACCUGGUAUGGGAAAAACCACCUAUUGUAAAAAGUACGCCUACAACUGGGCCACAAACUGCGGCUCAACAGCAUUUAAAGUGGUAUUAUUGUUGAAAUGUCGAGACAUCCAUUCUGACGUCUGGGAAGCCAUUGAUGAUCAGCUGCUGUCCCUAGACAUCGAUGAAAAAGUCAAACGACAAUUUUUUCAGUUUAUUCGUGAAAAUCAGUCCAGCAUUUUAUUGAUAUUGGAUGGAUUGGAUGAGUUACCAUCCGGCAAAUUGUCGAUGUUUUCCGAAUUAAUUGAAGGAAAAGUACUCCCCAGAUGCCACAUAGUUGCAACAGCAAGACACGAAGCUGGAAAAGAGGUGAGAAAAUGUUGUGACGCGCUGCUUCAGAUCGAAGGAUUCACUGAAAAGCAUGUGAAAGGAUUUGUCACCAAGUACUUUAAAGAAAGGACGGAUUUAGCCACCAAGCUCUCGAAACGGAUGUCGCAAGAUAAAAACCUGAGAGAAAUAGCGGCCAAUCCUCUAAACACAGCACUUCUUUGCCUUUUAUGCGAAGAGUCUGAAGGCACACUCCCCGAAAGCAGAGCUCAACUGUACUUGGAUAUGGUUGAAUGUGUUUUGAGAAGAUAUAGAAAAAAAAAGGGACUACUGGAAACGAUAGAAGACUUGACAAACUAUUACAAACCGCAAUUGAAUCACCUUGGAAAGGUAGCGUUGAAUGGUUUACUUGACGAUAAGUUGGAUUUUAAUAAAAGUGAAGUGAGAAACCAUGCAAAAGACCUGACUGAAUUUGGAUUUCUGUCAGUGCAGCCUGGUGGCAGCAAACUGAGACAAACACUGCAUUAUGCAUUCUUACAUAAAAGUUUUCAAGAAUUCUUUGCAGCAUUCUUCAUUUGUUCUCAGAUUCAAAGCAAGGAAAUGAAACCUGAAGAACUAGUUUCCGAUCCAAGGUAUUUCGUCGAACUUAAACAAGUACUUUUGUUUUCAUGUGGAAUUUUGGCCAUGAAAUGCGAUGAACAUGUUGUGGCUCUUGUAAAGAGUUUAACAAAUGAAGUCAACAAAAAUAAAGGCCGUGGUGCAAAAACUGUAUUGGAGGUCAUCAACGAAUGUAAAAGAGAAAAAAGCGAUUUUCACUCGCAUUUAUCGAAGUCGUUUGGAACUGGUUUGAAUCUGACCAAUUUGGAUUUGUCUUCCAAUGGUAUUAGUGAUGCGGGUGCUACAUGUAUUGCUGAGGCAAUCAAAGUGAACAAGACGCUAACCAAUUUGGAUUUGCGAAGCAAUGGAAUUAGUGCUACGGAUGCUACAUGUAUUGCUGAGGCAGUCAAAGUGAACAAGACGCUAACCAAUUUGUAUUUGUCUAAGAAUGAUAUUAGUGAUGCGGGUGCUACAUGUAUUGCUGAGGCAAUCAAAGUGAACAAGACGCUAACCAAUUUGUAUUUGUCUAGGAAUCGUAUUAGUGAUGCGGGUGCUAGAUGUGUUGCUGAGGCAAUCAAAGUGAACAAGACGCUAACCAAUUUGAAUUUUUCUUACAAUGGUAUUAGUGAUGCGGGUGCUACAUGUAUUGCUGAGGCAAUCAAAGUGAACAAGACGCUAACCAAUUUGGAUUUGGGAAUCAAUGGUAUUAGUGGUGCGGGUGCUACAUGUAUUGCUGAGGCAAUCAAAGUGAACAAGACGCUAACCAAUUUGGAUUUGGGAAUCAAUGGUAUUAGUGAUGCGGGUGCUACAUGUAUUGCUGAGGCAAUCAAAGUGAACAAGACGCUAACCGAUUUGGAUUUGCGAAGCAGUGGUAUUAGUGGUGCGGGUGCUACAUGUAUUGCUGAGGCAAUCAAAGUGAACAAGACCCUAACCAAUUUGUAUUUGUCUUUCAAUGGUAUUAGUGAUGCGGGUGCUACAUGUAUUGCUGAGGCAAUCAAAGUGAACAAGACGCUAACCAAUUUGGAUUUGCGAAGCAAUGGUAUUAGUGAUGCGGAUGCAAGGUGUAUUGCUGAGGCAAUCAAAGUGAACAAGACGCUAACCAAUUUGUAUUUGUGGGAUAAUGGUAUAAGUGAUGCGGGUGCUACAUGUAUUGCUGAGGCAAUCAAAGUGAACAAGACGCUAACCAAUUUGGAUUUGGGAAUCAAUUGUAUUAGUGAUGCGGGUGCUACAUGUAUUGCUGAGGCAAUCAAAGUGAACAAGACGCUAACCAAUUUGGAUUUGUCUGAGAAUCAUAUUAGUGAUGCGGGUGCUACAGGUAUUGCUGAGGCAAUCAAAGUGAACAAGACGCUAACCAAUUUGGAUUUGUCUGAGAAUCGUAUUAGUGAUGCGGGUGCUACAUGUAUUGCUGAGGCAAUCAAAGUGAACAAGACGCUAACCAAGUUUGAUUUGUCUUAG